UAAUCAGGGAGGGAGGGGGGGGGGGACCUUUCAGUACCAAUCAGCAGAAGAAGAAGAAGAAGAAGAAGGUUCACUGAAGGAAAGUCUAAGAGGAGGAAAGGAUUUCUUGAUCGAUUGGGUUCUCCGGAUAGUUAAAUCAGAAAAUUACAAAAUUGACUUGCUUCCUAGGCACCAUCCGAAACCCGGUCUCCUGAUUUGACCUCAAUUCCUCCCUCAAUUUCAGUUUGGGAAUUUCGGUUUCACCUUCACAGUUUCAGUCUUCGAAGGAAAGGAAAUUCCAAAAGACGCUGAUGCGCAACCACAAAUGCUUUAUGCGGGUGCUGAUCAUGUAUUACGUAAGCAGUAGACUGGUGCUUGAGCAAAGGAAAAGAGGACGGUUUUGGGUCUGGGUUUGUGAUUGAAACUAUUUGCCGGUUAAUAUAAAUGUACAAUGAAUUUAUAAAACUUAGUGAGCAAACAAACCCAACGGGUUUGUUAUUGAAAUUAGCUGCCUAUUAAUGUAAAUAUACAAUGAAUUUAUAAAACAUAACAAGUAAACAAACCUGCGGCAUCACGCCGGAGGAAUUGCCUAGUAUGUACGAAAGGACAACCGGGCUACCUAAGAACAGAGCUGAACAUAAAUGGAACCUCGGCUACGUAUGCCAGAAUAUCGGUUGAGAUGGAUUAGAGUGACAAUGACGAAUGGCACCAAGUGGGAUUGGAGAUAAAGAUGGAGAGAGCCAUCUGGCUGACUUAGCUGCAAGGAGAAUCAUCGUCCACGUAAACAGGUCACAGUGAAUUAUAACCGACUAUCUUUAAAAAGAUAUUUUGUAGGCUGCACCGAGACAGAAAUAAACGAUGCAGAUCACAUCUAUAACCCUCCUGCCUGCAUUAUUGACCGUCCGAUUGCGGUGCUGCCCGUUUCUUUUUUUCCAUAUGAGGAAGCAAUUGUUUCCUUUUUUAAGCGUUUACUAUUUCACCUCCAUUUCUGCUAGCUGUCAACUCUGGUGAGACCCAAAGCUUCAGUAUCUGCACCACCGAAGUAAGCAACUGAGCAGCUAGCUAGCUAUGAAUAAGAUCAAGAUUGAGAAGAUAGAAAACCUGCCGGCGAGGCAGGUGACGUUUUCAAAGAGGAGACAAGGGCUGUUCAAGAAAGCCGGAGAAUUAUCAGUUCUCUGCGACGCUGAGGUUGCUGUCAUCGUCUUUUCUUCUACUGGCAAGCUCUACGAGUCCUCCAGCUCCAGUACGAAGGGUGUCAUUGCAAGGUACAACCUGCACACUGAAGAUGGGGAAGAGGGGGACCAGCAGCCACCUCCUGAGCUCCAGCUGGAGAAUAAUGAGUGCAUGAGGUUGAAUAAGGAACUUGCUGACAAGAUCCUCAAGCUAAGGCAGAUGGAGGGGCAGGAUCUAGAAGAGCUGACUAUAGAUGAGUUGCAGAGAUUGGAGAAUAGGAUUGAAGGAGGACUCAGCCGUGUACUUCAAGCUAAGGAUGAAAGUAUUAUGAGUCAGAUUGUGGCACUUGAAACAAAGGGAGCCGAGUUGACAGAAGCAAACAACCAAUUAAGGCAGAGGGUAAAUAAGUUAGGGAUGCUAUCCAAUGGAGAUGGAAAUAGAGCUAGUGGUGUUGCUUUGGAGUCGGAGAUCUCAACUGAUGAAGAAGGAGGUAUGGCAUCGGAAUUUGCCACAAGUUCCACCGGCUACUACGGUACUGGCUCUUCGACUUCUUCCCUUGAGGAUGACUCCUCUGACAACACCUUAUCCCUCAAACUUGGGGAGGGAUAUAUGGCAUCACUAUUAAUUAGUGAAUAAGGUGGAAUUAUAUGAAGACACUAUGUUACGUCGUUGUAUGUGUGUCUUAAGUUGGGAACCAAAUUCGCGGGCAUGACUAGGAGGGUAUCUCUGCAUUUUGAGUACUACUGGAUUUCACUACAAAAUAUGGGCCUUAAAAUGUUGGGAGCAAUGAUAGAUUAUACUCUUUUGCUCCAUGCGUGGAUGCUUCUCCAAAAUGCAAGACCUAUAUAUAUAUCAUAUAUCCUAUGACUCGAUUGUGAAUGAUGCUCAUUUCAGUUGAUAUUUCUCUCUUGGAAGGUGAUGAACUUUUGUUUGGUGCAUAUACUAAAGCAUUUUGUUCAAGGAAGGAUUUCAUUGUCUAGUUUAGUUGGUUGUCUAAUGUUAUUUCCUGCAACGUGAUCCAGUCAAAACCCCUCAGUCCUGAAUAUCAGACUUUGUUAGAGGAAUUGGAGAGUUUGAGCAAGCAUGAAAUGUAUUAUUCCAAGUGCAUAGGGUAAUGCUUUGAUGCAUAUUCAGACGGAUGAUGGAGUGUUAACAACCAUAUGAUGCAUUACAAAAGCGGCUGGCAGAUGCCAGCAAACAAAAGCCACAGCAUCAGUCAUGCAAUGGAACUAUGGAAGCCAGCAGCCAAAGUCACGAAAAUAAUAAAAGGGUUAGAGCUGCCAAACUCUGGAAUAUAUUAGAAGGGUUAGAGCUGCCAAACUCUGGAAAAUAUUAAACGGAUUAGAAAUGCGUUUUAAUUAAUUUUACGUGGAGUUCAGUACUUUUUGUCCUCUUGGACUUGCUUGGUUUUCCGCUCUUGUCGAACAGCUCAGUGAGGCCAGGGACGAUUCCAUCGUUUAGGUUCGAAGAGAAUAGUUACAACCGGUUUUUUAAAUUGGAAGAAAUCUUUUUUUUCUUUCAAAUCCUUUGAAGGAGCUCUCCAAGAAUGCAAAUUGGAUGCAUUGUUCAGCUGUUCUUCUUUUGAUCAUCUUGAUCGAUGUGGUUAUUCCAUCCUCUAUUUCUCCUUUGUACCUGGGGUGUAGAACAGAUAUCAUCAAGUUAUGUAAGAAAGGUUGUGACAGGGCUGCAAGGUUGUUGACAGGCCGCGAGCUACAAGAAAAUAGAAGUUCCAAGGUGGGGCCUUGAACGCCCUAGUUUAGAUCUCAUGAAUGUCACAAUUGUGAUUACUUUUGUGGGGAUGUCUACAAGUUGAGCUUCCGGUCUUCACAUAGGAGCGUCGAUGAUAUCAACGUGACCAGUUCUCCUGAAAUGUGACCACUAGCUGCAAUCUUGAAUUAAUUGGGUCGCUUAGAUCUCAGUCAUGCUUUAAUAAUUGUACCGUAACAACCUCAAUGGUUACGUGGUUUACAUCUAACGCGCCCACAAGCCAUAACUGUACAUUUGAUCCGACCAUACGUACUUCCAAAAGAAAUUUGGUUGGUUAUUUAUGUACCAGCGUUUCUUAUCAUUAAGGCUUCUUUGAUUUAUAUCGAUCCAUGUGUAAAUUGUUAUGCGACACUAAACAAUGCAAGCUAGGGCAUUGCAGUGGAUUAGCUUUUCCUAGUUGGAAUUGGAUUGGCCCUAGUUCAAA